GUGCUCCACUGCCCCUUCACUUGCGCUAGCUGUGUGCGCCUUUAUAACGCGGGGAGGCCAGUGCAGGGGGCAGAGAGCCCAAGAACGCCUCGGCUCCUCGGCUCCUCGCUCCUCUUCGAGAUCCGCGCGGGAGGCCACCUCCGCUGUUCCAAUUCAGGCGAGGUGCGCGCGGCUGUAGUCUGAAGAAACAGACAAGUUGCGAUUUUUGGGGUUCUUGGUCGAGCCGGUAGUUGGUACAGACAAACCGCGGGGGGGUUGGUACAUGUGAGAGUGGUUUCGAUGGCAUUUGGCCGAGGUGCUAAGAUGGAUGGCCGGCGACCAUCGUCGUCGUUGUCGUCGUCAUUCUGCACGACCACCACGGUCGUCGUGUUUGUGGCGCUCUGCCUGGUCGGCGCAUGGAUGAUGACAUCGUCCACCGUCUUCCCGCUGGAGAUAUCUUCGAAUAAGAAGUCGGAGGUGAGGAAACCGGCCCCAGCAGUUAACUUUGGUGCAGCAGAGGGGGCAGCAUCUGGCAAUGCUGGUGAAAGUUCUGAGAAAUUUGAGGAUACCGACAACAACGACAAUGCAGUCCAAGAAGAGUCAAAUAACAGGGAUGCCCCUGAGGAAGAGAAGUAUGCUGAGAACACGAUGGAGAAGACGGAGGAGAAGACUGAAGAAAAGGAGCCAGAACCACCAAAAAAGGAGGAGACUAAGGACACGUUUGAUGAUGCAAAUGGGAAAUUGGAAGGGCGGUCAGAUGAUGUAAAGAAGGUCGAUGAUGAGGAGAAGAGCGAGGAAAAGAAAGAUGAUGAGAUCACAAAUGAGAAAGGUGAUGAUAAAUCUGAUGGUGAGAGGAAAGAUGAUCAAGAAGAAAAGUCUGAAGGUGAUGCUAGUCAGGAGGAGCAGCCUCAAAUAGAAGAGAAGGUGGAAGAAAGUGGAGAGAAGGAAGAGAGCUCAAAGUCUGACGAGGUAUUUCCUGAUGGAGCUCAAUCAGAGCUUCUGAAGGAGUCAAAUGCCCAAAACGGUUCAUUCCCCACACAGGCUGCAGAGUCAAAGAGUGAGAAGGAAGUUCAAGCAUCAUCAAAGUCUUCAGGUGAUGAGACGAGCUAUAGCUGGAAACUAUGUAAUAGCAGUGACUCGACAGAUUACAUACCUUGCCUUGACAACGAGAAGGCUAUCAAGAAGCUUCGAACUACCAAACAUUAUGAACAUCGUGAGAGGCAUUGCCCUGAGGAGCCUCCUACCUGCCUUGUUCCACUUCCAGAAGGAUAUAAACGCCAAAUCGAGUGGCCGAAGAGCAGGGACAAGGUAUGGUACAGCAAUGUUCCACACACCAAGCUUGCAGAGUACAAGGGGCACCAAAACUGGGUUAAAGUCUCCGGUGAUUAUCUAUUGUUUCCUGGGGGUGGGACACAGUUCAAGAAUGGUGCACUCCACUACAUCGAUACGAUUCAGCAGGCACUGCCUGAUAUUGCAUGGGGCAAAAGAAGUCGUGUUAUUCUAGAUGUUGGCUGUGGGGUUGCCAGCUUUGGAGGCUACAUGUUUGAAAGAGAUGUGCUCACAAUGUCUUUUGCUCCAAAAGAUGAGCAUGAAGCUCAAGUACAAUUUGCACUAGAAAGAGGAAUUCCUGCAAUAUCAGCUGUAAUGGGCACCAAGAGACUUCCAUAUCCCAGCGGGGUCUUUGAUGUCAUUCAUUGUGCUCGCUGCAGGGUCCCUUGGCACACUGAAGGUGGCAUGCUUUUGCUGGAAUUGAACCGCCUGUUACGCCCUGGUGGUUACUUUGUCUGGUCUGCCACCCCUGUUUACCAAAAGCUUCCAGAAGAUGUUGAGAUUUGGAAUGCCAUGUCCUCUCUGACAAAGUCCAUGUGCUGGAAGAUGGUCAGCAGGACAAAGGAUAAGUUAAACCAAGUUGGUAUGGCCAUAUAUCAGAAGCCAACGGACAACAAUUGCUAUGAGAAAAGAUCAGAAAACAACCCACCAUUAUGCAAGGAAACUGAUGAUGCAAAUGCUGCUUGGAAUGUACCUUUGGAAGCAUGCAUGCACAAAUUGCCUGUUGGCCCGACAGUUCGAGGAUCAAAAUGGCCAGAGUCAUGGCCACAAAGGCUUGAGAAGACACCUUUUUGGAUUGAUGGUUCUCAAGUUGGAGUCUAUGGAAAACCAGCAAAUGAAGACUUCGAGGCAGACUACGCUCACUGGAAACGGGUUGUAAGUAAAUCGUACGUGAAUGGUAUGGGAAUCGACUGGUCCAAAGUAAGAAAUGUCAUGGACAUGAGGGCUGUGUAUGGAGGUUUUGCUGCAGCUCUGAGGGACCAGAAGGUCUGGGUUAUGAACAUUGUGCCAAUUGAUUCACCGGACACUCUGCCCAUCAUUUAUGAGCGUGGUUUGUUUGGUAUGUACCAUGACUGGUGCGAAUCUUUCAGCACUUACCCAAGAACAUAUAACCUUCUGCACGCGGACCAUCUGUUCUCAAAGCUCAAAAAGAGAUGCAAAUUGUUGGCAGUUUUUGCCGAGGUUGACCGAGUAUUGAGGCCGGAAGGCAAACUGAUUGUGAGGGAUAACGCAGAGACAAUAACCGAAUUGGAAAACAUGGCGAAGUCCCUGCAGUGGGAGGUGCGCAUGACUUACACCAAGGGUAAUGAGGGCUUGCUCUGCGUUGAGAAGUCGAUAUGGCGGCCCAAGGAGGUUGAAGCAAGCAUGUGAAAUAUAUGUUGAAGAAAACUGUUACUGGUUAGGGUAAAUUAGACGAAUUUUAGCUCUAGAUAUGCUUAUGAUUCUUAUUGGUGCUCAAAAGACAAGCUUUGGGCCUCCUUUAUUACAAAUUGUGGAGGAAAGAAUGGAGGAAUUAAAUCCAAAGGAAAAAUUCCUAUAAGUGCCCUUUGGAUGAUAGGAUUGGUGCAAAGGAAUUUCAUAGGAUAAGAAGAUUUCCUCCAUAUUUUGAAGGAAUUCUAGCAUGAGCUCUAACCACAUGUUUCCAGUUC